UCUUUAGAAUCUGUAUUUAGUUACUCUUUGCUUACAAUGAAUAGUAAUACUUGUUUCCUUUUUGGAUUUUUUUCAGUCAUUUUAGUAACAUGUGUUGUCACAGGAACUGUGCCACCGAGUGCCCCAGAAUUUGUAGGUUUGCAGGACAUUGAUGAUUGUAAGAAAUGCAUUGUUGGUUCUGACAAAGAGAACAUUCAAGUCCAUUGCAAGACAAGUGGCGGGACACCACCCGUUGAUGUUAUUGUAACAGUAGGAGACAACUCAUUUAUAACAAUUCCUUAUGCUGUUGAUGUAUCGGUUAAUAUAGCAUUUAUCACACUUGCUGACAGUUACCACAAUACAACAAUCACGUGUUCGGUAAUGAAUGAUGCAUUAUUGUCACCACUAAUCACUACUGCCAAAGUGUAUGUUAUAAGUAAGUUAUGUUUUAUCAUAGACAUUAACCAAAGCAAUUACUUUUUUUGAAUUUAAAUAAUUUGAAUU